AUGGAGUUUGACAACUAUUGCAGCGCUCUGCCGCUAGAUAUUGUAAUGCCCGAAGACGACGACGACAAUGCCUCCUCUGACGUGAACUUCGUCGUCGAGAUCGAAGCUUCACAUACUUACGUCCCUCACUCCAUGCUUGAAGACGAUUCCAGCGAUCUGCGGCUUUUUGAUAACCUCGAGAGCGAGGCAUUCCGAAAAACAUUCAAGGUGAAGCGCGACGCUAUUCUGCAUCAAACCACGUCCACGGCAACCGUAUCCGACAUGCUUUUUGAAGUCGGCGUUCCCUUGGGGAUUCAAGAAUUCAUGAUACAAAGAAUCUUGGGUUGCGCGAAUGACAUGGCGAGACAGAAACGCUACGCGGGUCGGAAGGUUCUGAGGAUGCGUGUGACGGCUGAGGUGACGCAGUUCGUCGAUGACGAUUUUGUUUUGGGGUUGGCCGUCGACGACCGGGUUUGUGGGUUGGUUCCGGCGAGUGAGUCGUCGAUUGAAGCGUUGGAGAAGGUGGAGAUUGAACAAGGAACGGGGGAGACGUGUAGCAUCUGUUUGGAAGAGCUCAUCGGUGGCGCGGCAGCCGCUCGCAUGCCAUGUAUGCACCUGUUUGAUCAAAACUGCAUCGUGAAUUGGCUGCACAGGAAUAAUUUUUGCCCGCUCUGUCGAUUCAAGUUGCCUGCCCGUGAAUGA